CAGGAGGGGACCUCUGGGGGACCCCAUACAAGUGGACAACUCUGCACUGAACACUGAGAAUGAAACAGCAAGAAACGGUCCAAUCAGGCUUCGCCACAUGCGUGCCAGCAGGGGUGAUCAGUGCACCUGUAUUUCCUCAUCACCCCUCUCACUCACCCACUCCAGUGAGCCCUCAGCAUGCGUCUCACUCUGCUGCUCAUUCUGACUCUCUGCGCCCCAGCGAGGGCAGCGGGAAACACAACAGAGACUCCCAACAGCCAAGAGCAGCUCGUUGUAGCCAGGGCUAAACUGUUGGCUCCCAGUGUGGUGGGAUGAUCCAUAAAGAAGAUGCCGGAGCUCUACAACUUCCUCAUGGAGCGCUGGGCCUUGUAUCAUAAUCUGGAGUAUGAUUCUGGAGAAGAAAAAGAUCCUCGCCUGAUCUUCUACAAUGACAAAAAUGAGGUGGUGAAGACAGUUCCUGUGAAGAAGAUGAAGGCAGAUGAGAUCAGUAAUCUCCUGGACUCUUUAGGUUUUUAUAAGAGGUCAAAGAAAGGUGAGGAGGUGCCCAAGGAGUUCCAUAACUUCCCUUUGAGAGCGUCACGGGACGAACUGUGACACUCGGUGGCCAGUCGCUGUAACUGCAUCCAGCAAAAUAUGACGCCCAGGGCCUCAAGACCUCGAAAACGGGUCAGGAUCUGGACUGAAACAAUGAUGGCUUGGUGCAGCUACAUGCCGCUAAUCAUGUUAG